AUGGCCAUGAAAUGCGGGUCUGCACCCGUUGGAGAACCUUUCUCCUACAACGCCCUUACAAAUGCCACUCUAUUUGCCCGAAUUGGUGAUCACAAUCUGACCGAAACUGAAACAUCAGAAAGGGAUCGUCUUGUUCAGAGAAUCAUAAUUCAUCCUGAUUACCAACUGCGAUCAAGCAGCAGUGAAAAUGAUAUCGCCCUGCUGAAGUUAGAAAAACCUGUCAUGCCCGGUAACAGCCCUGAUGUUUGUUUAUCAAUAACAAUCGAUGUCGUACUUUAGAAAAGCGUAAUUGGCUAAACGUAAAUCAGGGGCAUGCCUAAGCUUUGAAGAAAGCUGAAAAUGGUUUCAUGCAUGGUACAGCAAUAGUUGUCGAGUAAAACGGCAUUUUAAUCCUUCGUUCUUGAACUCUACAUUUCAAAUUUGUCUACCAGUUCCGUGCGCGAUUGGUUGUGUCCCCGCCAACUGUCGCCUUACUGUCUCACAUACGAUGUUUGUGUUUAUAUUAUACAUCAUGUCAACCAGUCUGUUUGACGGAAAACAUGAAAUGCCAAGGCAGGUGUAUGCCAGUUAGACGACAUUAUAAUAUCUACUACGUAAUUGGCAUCAAAAGAGUUAUUUAUGGUCAGAGGAUAGAGAAUUGUUGGACCAAAGAGAAGAUUAUUCAGCGUAUUUAACCAAACUCCAAGAUUUCACCUGAGUGCGGUAAAUAAUCCUUCUCUUCUUGGCUGUAGAAAUGCAAAUAACUCGAAAAUGUGUUUUUCUUUUUUGCUGGCAAAACAAUUCGCUAUGCUUUUUAGAUGAGGAGAUUGGUUUUGUCUGUCUUCCAAGAAACGAUUCAACUACUUUCACAUCGAAAGAAUGCACAUUUGCUGGCUGGGGCUCAACUAGUCGCCCAAGCAGUCUUGCUCAUCAAAAUUCACCAGUUCUAACAGAGGGAAGAGUACGAUUUGAAACGCCAGAAUUUUGUAAUUUGAGUGCGAAAAAGCCUGAAAACCGAGGACAGGCCUGCCUUGCAACACAAUCUGGCGUAAGUUGUUUGACUGAUACUGUCUAGUUAAAACGUUUUUUACUGUUACUAAAUGAAAUUCUGAUUGCCAGAAGAAAUGUGCAGGCUAUAGUUGUAGUAAAUUCAAAUUCAGAGAACAUGAAAGAGGUCACGCGGCGAGUAGCAAUAUGUAUUAGACAUUACUGUCAAAUGCAAGCGAGUCUUUAUUGCCUGUUUACGGAUUACCUGCACUCGACAGACAGCCAGGUUUAAACUCCUUUUGAUAAAACCAUGUUAAACACAGUAAAUUAGUCUGGGAGGCUGACUCAAGUAUGCUUCUGGUUAAAAAGAAAUAUUUUUAUGCUUUAUGAUUGGUGUUCUUUAUAUGUUUUCAGAAUCCUUGUUGGGGCGACUCCGGAGCUGGUAUCUAUUGCCUUGAAGGUGGAGGACAGUGGGUGAUAUAUGGUAUUAUCAACAGAGGAGAUUUUCUUUGUCAGGGAAAGUAUGCGACCAGUACAAGGAUAAAUCCUUAUCUUGACUGGAUCAAGAAUACUAUGGCGAUUAAUUGAGUCCUCUGAAACAAUACUAUUCGAGACACUGAUAAUAAAAUGAGAUAUGGAGAAUUAUAUGCUUUCCCCGUUAAUGCGAUAUAUGCUUUUAUAUCAAAUGGGCUUACUCCAAUUUAUUCAAAAGCUUUUCUUUGCCUUCAAAAGCGCAAUGAUAAGGCAUGUUUUAAUGAACGUUCAGAUGGUGUCAAUUGCACUGACUUCUUUUCUCCACUGAAUAAAACCCAGUAUCAAAUGAGAAGAGGAAGCGUUCACAGGGUGAGGUUUAUUGGAGGUCUGACGUUUCGAGUUGUUGCUUCGUCUACCCAUUUUCAGAUACUGGGAAGUCAUGCACACAGCUCUCAUUAUAUGGCGCAAUUUGUUUGACGCGUGGCCCCCCAAUGCCGCUUGCGUGACUGCAGCCUACCCGCAUGCCACCGUGACCUAAGCAGGAGAUGGAGGCUGUUGUCUACCCACUUCAAUGCAGCUGCGGGAAGUGCAAAUGCGUUGAGGAAAACGGCCAAACUGCUACAAACGCGAAUGCACGAGCAUAAGUUGGCCGCACAUUCAGAGGUAGCAAUCCAUGCCGCGCAAAUGGGGACACAUCUUUAACUUUGAGGCCGUUGAGAUUGUGCGCCAGGACGAUGACCAUACGACCUGACAGGUCCUGGACGUCCGCCGACUGCGCUGUCUACCGCCGCAUCAAUUUACCUCUCCCCUUAUCUGACUUUACGAAUCUUCUUAACGGGGGACAGUCACGGUGCGGGACAUUCUGGGCCGCCAAUUAUAUCCGCGGUCAACGAGAGCGGGGACGGUUCAGGUCACGGGGACAGGCGAGUCGGAUGCAGCCACACAGGCUUCAUUGGCGGGCCACGCAUGAAACAAAGUGUACAAUAUAAAGAGAAAUGUGCGCAUGACUUUCCAGUCUCUGAAGAUGGGUAGACGAAGCAAUUACUUGAAAAGUCAGACCUCUAAUAAACCUCUCCCGGUGAACACUCCCUCAUAUCCUAAAAAUCACAUCUUCGUUACAACUGUUUAAAACCCAGCAUUUCCGAAGGAAACACUCUUUGUCGGCAUAUAUAAAGACAAUGGAGGGAUUCUGCGCAAGCAAAAUUCACCGAUUUAAAAUAGAAAGGGACGAGAUGAUAAGCAAUCAUGGUCAAGCUUCUAGGGAAAAUAUUGCAGCUCUACCAAUUUUUAAAAAUAUUCAUGUUAAUGUGGCAGUAGGCGUCUUCACCUACUUACUUCUACCCAUACAUACAAUCUGCCUAUGCGGUAAUGGGAGGCAUGAAAGCAAAACGCCCCGAUUUGCAUGUCAGUGUGGAAAGGGGGGCAUUUCUCAGAGACGUUUGCCUAUGAGUGCGUGAAAAACUCUUCCCAACGUUGCCUAACUGAUAAUAAUACUGACGCAGUUAUUAGAUCGUCAAAGGUACAUUAUGUGAUAAUGUCUCUACCGAAGAAAAAGGGGUGACUGGAGGUUGUCAUGCUCAACUAUGCAAUGAUUGCAAUAAAUCGUACGACUCAUUGUCUUGCCCUCACAAAUUGGCAAAUGGGGCGAGGUUUGGUCCUGCAGCUCCACUUAAUUGAAGUUAAAAUUUUAGUUGACUAAAACAGCAUUGGUAACUUAACCACUGGCUGUAUUUGGAAGGGAAUGAGCGCACAAGCAGAACUCAGAACACGCACAGCAAAGUACGUGAGAACGCAUGCUUGGUGUAACCGAAGGUGGCAUUUACACUCUCCCCUUGAUACCUCACUCACUGGAUGCAGAGGAUAAGGACAGCAUAAUCGCAACUGGGCGGUCACAGAGGGAACCUCGUGGUGAUUCGCAGUACAUGGCCAUUAGAGUGGAACAGACGGCGAUCCACAAGUUCGAACAAUGACAUUAUCAAAUCUACUUAGCUACUCGCUGGAUUGAGAAAAAAAAUGGGCGCAAGCUGGGCCCGAAGCACGCGCAGGGGAGCGAGUGCGAACUAAUGCCCGAUGUAACACAAACUGGGGUGUAAGCGCUCCCCCAGGACCCCAGGAUCGGUAGAGUGGGGAAUGUGCAAGCAUGUGAUGUAGAAAAAGUCGGCGAAAUCGCACCUACUAAAAUUGUUUUAAUUGGCUAACUGCAUGGUACCAGUAAAAUGUGGUUGCAGAACCAAAUCUCAUCGGAAAUGAUUGCACGGAGCUGCGGCCAAGUCGACUGCGACAGUUCCUGCUUAAUGCGGACUCAUGUCUACUCCCCACCCUCUGAGGUUCGAAUCUUUCGUUAAUAAUCGCCUGCAUGGAUAUGCUUCCCUUAGUGCACAAAAGCGAUCAGGACUUGUCGGGAGUCAGUUGAUCUAACUCAGAAACAAGUGGACACCUCGUUGCGCGCUGCCAGCAUGCGACUGCUCGCAUUUGGCUGCGGUCAUAAUGCUCCCUUAGGACUUGAUCGGUCCAUAGCUGAGGGAAGCCGUUUCCCCCCUUUGAUUCUUUCUUUUAGAAGCGGACUAAACAUAGGUCCAGCCAAUACAAACGACUGCCAAAAAUAACCGCUCUUUUUUAGUAAAGGCGCGUGCAAGUUUCAACAUAUUUAUUGCGUUGUUAAAUAUAUGUUCUUCUCUGCCUUCUUGGGAUUAAUGGGCAACAUAAAGUCUAAUAGUGCUGCCCAUAAAUGGAACCGAGUCAGAAGAGAUUAAGCGGGCUUUAAGAGUUGAGGACUUGUCCCUCCGUGCUGAACCGUCAUCUAAAAGAUUAGCCCACCUGAGCGGAAUAACGUUCGACGAGCUCACUGAUUCCGUUGUUCGUAUAUUCAAUGGGAACGAUAUCGCGGAACAUAAUUCAAUACUUGACUAAUGCCUGGAUGGAAACAAGGAAACAUUCACCGUGAAAACAUUACGUAGCAGGAUAUUACUUGAAUCUUCACCUGAAAGACCAACGUAGAAGGCUGUAUGUCACUCCAUUGUAGAUCGAGAAAAGGAUGUGACACGUAACAAAAAGGGGCUACAAGACUCGGAGAUUUCGGACACUUCGACAACAAAUGUGAGUCAUUAAGUGCAGGAUUAACGUACAUUGGUUAUUGUGCGAACCUCCGUUGCAUUCACAAAAAAGCACUACCAGUUAUUACUCCCUUGGAAACACGGAACGCUGAAGAAGAAGAAGACAUGACAGCCGGGACAAGAGCUUCAGUAGCCUGACGUUUCGGAUUCCUGCUCGAAUCCAUCAUCAGAGACAAAAAGGCAAACAAGGGUGGUUCAGGCAUAUGGGGCUGCAGUAUUUAUAGGAUGCAGUAGCCGUGCUACCGCAUACCUAUGAAUAUUCAUGGCUCCCCCGCCCCUUCAUCAAGGAUCGUUGCACGUGGCGUGAUGUCCGACAUUCGCGUCGUUAAUUGUUGUAAUCUCAUCACGUGCGUUGGAUGUUGGUGUGAUGAUUGCUCGGCCAUCUGACGCACUGACCCGGGUGUUGGGAAGAGUGUUCAACUGUGCGCUCCCCGCGUGGCCAAUUACUUCGCCUAGACGAAGUCUCAGUAGCGAUUAUGGAAUGGGAAAAUCAUUGCACUUGUUAAUAGACUGGGGGCCAGUAAACCAUGACUCAAGCAACUCCCGACUCACGCGGUUGUCACCUCUUGCGAGAAUUUCGGCCUCGUCAAAUUUGAAUGUGUGGCGCUCCACUCCGACCCAUCGUGUCGUUCAAAGGUACUCCAACGUACGGACUGUCUACGUGGCUGUUCUGGCGUCUCAAUUUCCUGACCGCUGAGUCAUACAUCACGGUCUAUUUGUCAGCACAAUUCCUGGAGAAACUCAAAGGGGUAAGCCUCCACCCAAAUGAGGUCAUGGUAUCUUUUGAUGUUACAUCCAUUUUUACUUCUAUCCCCCAAGACCUGGCGAUCGAGACAAUCGAGUUGCUUCUACAACGCAAAUACGAUGAAUUGGACAAUAGUCUUGGUUACGCCCAAGUUCUUCAGCUUCUGAAGUCCUGUCUCAGGACGUACUUCACGUUCGACGGGACAGUCUACGAACAUGUGAAGGGCACACCAAUGGGUUUGCCGAUUUCGGGAUUCAUCGCCGAGGCGGUCCUGCGGCGGUAA